UACCAAACGAAUGUAGACUAGAUAUUAACAACCAUCUGUCACUAAUGGGUGAAGAUGUAGUACUAAGCAAGAUAUUUACAGUCGUAUUAGCCUAUUCUGUGUCAGCUUCAUACAUUUAAUAUAGCCUUGAAACUCAAUUCGAAAUGUAGUUUUUAGCAAAUAAAAUACAAAUAUGCCUUACCACACAGCGAUAGAAGAUUUAAGCAACGUAUAUUGAACUGAAAAGAAUUAUUCAAAUAUUGCUAGUUUGUGUAAUGAUGCUGCCAAUAGCAGAUGGAAGCUGAUUGUCUGUCCCAGGAGCAAAGCCUAAAGGAAGAAGAAACAGUGGGUUUCAGAUCGACUGCGGGUUGAGAUCCACCAGGAUGGAGAUUGCUUCAACAUUUCGCUACUAUUUCCAGCACCCAUGGUCUCGUCUAGUUGUGGCCUAUCUUGUAACUUUCUUUAACUUCCUGUUAUUUGCUGAGGAUCCUAUUUCACACAGCCAGACUGAGGCCCAUAUGAUUGUUGUAGGCAACUGCUUCUCUUUUAUUGCAAACAAGUACCCCGGAGGAGGAUGGAGUUUCUUGAAAGUGUUGCUAUGGCUACUUGCCAUCAUCACAGGCCUGUUUGCUGGGAAAUUUAUCUUCCACCAACAACUGUUUGGUCGGUUUCUGAGGUUGAAGGUGUUCCGAGAGGAUCACGGUUCCUGGAUGACCAUGUUUUUCAGCACCAUUCUCUUCUUGUUCAUUUUCUCUCACAUUUACAACCUCUGCCUCCUGAUGGCAGGAAACACGGGUCCGUUCAUUGUGACAGAGUACAUGGGAAUGAGGAAUGAAAGCUUCAUGAAAGUUGCAGCCGUAGGAACCUGGAUGGGGGAUUUUGUCACUGCGUGGAUGGUGACGGAUAUGAUGCUCCAGGAUAAACAUUAUCCAGACUGGGGAAAAGCUGCCAGAACCUUUUGGAAAAGAGGGAACAACAGAAUUGUGCUCUUCUGGACAGUACUGUUUUCUCUGACAUCCGUAGUGGUUCUUGUCAUCAGCACUGACUGGAUCAGCUGGGACAAUUUAAACCGAGGAUUUCUGCCAAGUGACGAGGUCUCCAGGGCAUUCCUUGCUUCUUUCAUCCUGGUGUUUGACCUCCUUAUCGUCAUGCAGGACUGGGAGUUUCCUCACUUCAUGGGGGAUUUGGAUGUGAACCUGCCUGGAAUGUCUACCACCCAAGUAAAGCUGAAGCUGCCUGUAUGUAAAUGUAUUUUCAAAGAAGAAUAUCAUAUACACAUUACAGGGAAAUGGUUUAAUUAUGGAAUAAUUUUCCUUGUCUUGAUUUUGGAUUUAAAUAUGUGGAAAAAUCAGAUAUUUUACAAGCCUUAUGAAUAUGGUCAGUAUGUUGGCCCUGGAGAGAAAAUCUUUACUGUUGAAGACCCUGACACCUUGAAAGAGUUUAAUGAGACCACUCUGACAUGGGAAUGGAGAUCCACCAACAUUGAUCUGAAAAACAACAAGAUCUACAGUCAAAACGAUAUGUUUUUGCACAGCAGGUAUACAGGAGCCAGCCUUGAUGUCAAGUGUCUGGCCUUCAUUCCGAGCCUGGCAGCUUUUGUCCUGUUUGGAUUCUUCAUAUGGCUCUUGGGGCGAUUUCAAAAGAGUGACCAGGGCAUGGAGAACAAGGAUAAAACCUACGAAAGGAUAAAAAGAAAGUCUCCAUCAGAGUAUAGCAAAGACAUGGGCGCGACUCCAGAGGAAGCCCAUGUUACAAUGAAUGAUGGAUUAAAAAAGAAUACACCCAUGUUACUUUCUGUGGAGACUCACAUUAUUGGAUCUAGUAGGUCUAUCUACCCUUCAUCAACGGAAACACAGGAGUCGCAGCCUACUGUUGCCUCUGAAGGUGUAACGCCAACAGAGACCGUUGUCUCCAAUGAUGUCUCUAACCCUUCAACCUAAUCCAGACACAUUUUAACUAAAGAAUACCUUUCUGUCAUUUUAUUUUGCCUUUAGAAUUACAAGACAGCUCAAUAUUUGUGCAUCUUAAAUGGUAUCUGAGUGGUAGGCUGGCAAUAACAGAACCAGAACUGAACAAGGUUCAAACAUAUUAUGUAAAACAAAUAUGUUGUAACUACUGCUAGAUUUAUACUAUAGCAGCACUUUUUUCAUCUACAUGUUUUUUGUUUUUUUUUACCUUUUUUGUAAUUUAUUUGAGUUAAUUAUUUAUUGACUUUUUUCAGAACAAUUGUAACACUUCUCAAUGUUAAUUGUCUUAUAUCUAUGUACACUGACUUCACAGUCUUGUUGGUGCUUAAAACUAUUCUGUAUAGCAGGCUGAAUUUUCUAUCUUUAUUACAGUAUAUGUUUGUGCCUACACUAAACUUAUCCUAAAAAUUAUAAUGGUCAUAUUUGUUAUUAUUAUACUACAUACAGGUAUAAAAUAGGUGCCUUGCUUAGCUAAGUCCUGUAAACUCUUUUACAGUUAUCACCUCUGACUUAUAAAGAAUUAUCUUCUGGCGAGAACAAAACAUUUCAUUUUGCACUCGAACAAUGGUCUUUUCCAUAGAUAUUGUCAAUGAUGCAGAAAAAAACAGUUCUGCUAUGAAGCUGGGAUAGACAGCUGGACUGCUUUAGGAUGCAAGUGUGGUGAUUAUUUUAAGUGCUGCAGUCUUCUAGUGAAUUGAAAAUAGUGAAGCAGAAGGCAUUGGCGUAAGAACUUCUCCACAGGACACUGCUUGUGAAAAUGGGGCUUUA